GUUUAUAUCAAAAGAGUUAAGUAAAAGAAAUAUGCAAGAGUUAAGUAAAAUAAAUAAUGCCCAAAAAACUUAUUCAGAAAAGUCAAGCGAAAUAAAUAAUAUCCAAGAAACUUAUUCUGAAGAGAAUAAUGAAGAUGCAUUAUUUGAUUAUCAACAAGGAAUUGAGCAACUUUUUAGUUUUCCAUUAGAAUAUAAUAUUUUUGGCUUAGACAUAUCAAAUCAACAUCCAUUAACAGGCUUUGAUGGAUGGCAGUUAACAGAAAAAUUAGAAAAUCCUUCUUAA